AUGUCAGAUGGAAUAGAGUUACUCGAUGAAACAAGAGAGAGAAAGUCAGAUUACGAAAACUCUGAAGAUGAGAGAAGGAGAUCAAAAAUCAGGUCCCUGAAGAAGAAGGCCAUAAAUGCUUCAAACAAGUUCACUCAUUCACUCAAGAAAAGGGGAAAAAGGAAAGUUGAUUUUAGGGUUCCUACCAUUUCAAUUGAGGAGUUUCGUGACCCGAGAGAGGAGAGUGCGGUCUGUGACCUACGUCAGACAUUACUUGACAGGAAUUUGUUGCCAGCUCGGCAUGAUGACUACCAUACUUUGCUGCGAUUCCUGAGAGCUAGAGAUUUUGACAUCAGCAGGACCCUCCAGAUGUGGGAAGAAAUGCUUAGCUGGAGGAGGGAUUUUGGAGCAGAUACUAUCUUGGAGGACUUUGAAUUUGAAGAGCUGGAAGAAGUCUUGCACUAUUACCCCCAAGGAUAUCAUGGAGUUGAUAGAGAGGGCAGACCAGUUUACAUCGAAAGGCUUGGAAAAGCUCACCCGAGUAAACUGAUGCGCAUCACUUCAAUAGAAAGAUAUUUGAAAUAUCAUGUCCAAGAAUUUGAGAGGGCUAUACACGAGAAGUUCCCAGCAUGUUCCAUUGCUGCUAAGAGACGGAUCUGCUCCACAACCACGAUUUUGGAUGUACAAAGCCUGGGGGUUAAAAAUUUCACAGCAACUGCCGCUAGUCUAUUGUCAGCCAUGGCGAAGAUUGACAAUAAUUACUACCCCGAGACACUCCAUCGAAUGUUCAUUGUCAAUGCUGGAACUGGCUUUAAGAAGGUGCUUUGGCCUGCUGCACAGAAGUUUCUUGAUCAAAGAACUAUCGCGAAAAUUCAUGUCUUGGACCAUAAAUCACUGGGGAAGCUACUGGAAGUCAUUGAUCCAAGUCAACUGCCUGAUUUUUUGGGUGGAUCAUGCUCGUGUAUUGUUGAGGGAGGUUGCCUGAGGGCUAAUAAGGGUCCGUGGAGUGAUCCUGAAUUAACGAAGCUUGUCUAUAGUUUGGAAACAACUUUUGAAGGCCGAGUUGCCAAAAUAUGCAGCGAUCAGCAGAAAAUCGAUUCUUAUUUUAAAAUUCAGGCCCUGAAGGUGGUAAGUUUUGUUAAGUAUGAUCAUGAUUCAUUAAAUCAUGUUUAUUUAUAUAUAACCAUUAUGAUUCCUGUAUUUACUAUAGCUGCAAUGAUCAUUUCGGUCCAGCCGAUAAAGAUAGUGAUAAUGAACAAGGAUUGGAAGAUCGGUCUUCACAUGACCAUGGAAGAUCAAGUUUUGAAGGUUGGUUCUUGUGUCAUGAAUCAUAAUAAUACUGCCCUUAUAAUUUAUCAUUGUUUAAUCCAUUUACCAUUGUUUAACCAUAGUGAAAAAUCUGAUAUAUACCAAAUAUGUGAAUCAGGUGCACUCGUGAAGAGAGGUUUUCAGUAUAUAACAAGAACACUGAUAUCUAUCAUGAUCAAGCUUUUUGAUUUUAUCCAAAACGCACGUGUCGGAUUUUGGAGGACACAAAACGACAUUUAUCCAGAAAAUUUACCACAACCAAACAGUCAUUUACCUGUUGGCACAGAGGCCAUAGCUCCCUGCAUAGAGCGCCUCCAUAGAUUGGAAAAUUUGUUAGAGGAACUCGUGAGAAAGCCUGUCCAAAUUCCAGUGGAGAAGGAGCAGUUGCUUCAUAGAUCGCUCGACAGGAUAAAAUCAGUCGAGUCUGACCUCGAGAAGACAAAAAGGGCAUUGAAUUCGACUGUGACGAAGCAGCGUGAGAUAACCGAGUUACUAGAAAAUCUGCGUGAGUCGAAGUUUCACAGACGGAGGCUGUUCUGUUGA